CUGUUGCUCUGGGUGAAAUAUGCGGCCAAUUUCUUCCCUCCGAUCCCUGUCACCACAGCCUUUCCAUUUAAUUCCAAAUUUUUUCAACUGUGCAACGAACCCAUCAUCGUCAGUACUAUGUUGAUCAAAAUGCACCACAAAAUUGAAGAAAAUGCAUGUCUGUUAUUCUUGAGCUGGGAUUACCUGGCCAGCUUCAUCCUGCCUUUCUUUAUCACCACUGGCUAGCUAGUAGCAAGUAUGGUUUCUAUGCUGCUGCAUGCCAGGACAGGAAAUUCACUUUGUUCCUUGCAUUUGCAUUAUGGGUCCAUUUUGUAAAUCUCUUCACGUUAAAUUGCUACUGAAAUUUGCCUCUCUUUUUUCAAGGAAAAGUCAGGUCUGCUGUAUCGUUAGGUCUGCUGUAUCGUGUGUGCAGUGUACCUAAAUAAAUAUUUUCCCCUGAAGCAGGUGCAUCAUUUGAUAUGUACUUAGUGGGUGGUUGCCCUGAAUUUGUGACGGGGGAUAAAGAAUUGCUAAAGUUAAAGCUCUAUGCAUAAUUCAACGAUGAAAACAAUGAUGUGUGAUUAAUUAUCAGCAUAUAUUAGUGGGGUUUGGUAGCUGUAACCUUUCAUUUUUGGAUGGGCUAAUUGCAAGUAAUUUGUUUGGUUAAAAUCCAUGAGGUCCUGAACAGAUGGCAUUGAUUUUUGCCCAUAUAUCACAUAUUUGCUUACAGGGACAUAGUUGGGGAUCAUCUUUCAUGUGGUAAACUGCAAAUUUGAAAAACUUCAUGUUACCUAUUUUAUAAACACUAGGCCAUUGCGCACCAUAUUCUAUUUUUUUGGCACAAGUUGUAUGACAUACAACAAUUUCCCAUUUGCCCAGUUUCUAUUUUUUACUAAUUGUUAACCUAUAUAUAAAGCAUGAAAAGUAAUCAAUUGAUUCAACUAAAACUGAAAAGUUCUCCCCAUUUUCAGAUCUGAUUCCCUGGUUGUGAAGAACUGUAACAAUCAAACGAUUGUUGAGCUGAAGUAGAAGAUUUUAUUUCUGAAAGCUGUUUCAUAUCCCACAAUAAGUUGCAUGGAUAAAUCGUGGAUCGACAAUGAGGCUAGGGAGACAAAGGCCUAUAUACAAGGGGUGAACAGUUUUCUAGCUUUUGCAUUUAGAAAUUCCGCAGUUGGGUGCAAGAUAUUAUGUCCAUGUAGGAAGUGUGUUAAUUCCUUUUGGAGAGAGGCUAGUGAUGUGCGAGAACACUUGAUAUGUGAUGGAUUUCUAAAAGGAUACAGAACAUGGACUUUACAUGGAGAAGCUAGCUCCUCUUUUACGAACCAUGGUAGUUAUGAUGUUCCUGAUUUCAUUGAGCAGCCUAGUGAAGAUGAUGAGAUAUCAGACUUGCUUAGGGACUUAGCUUGUGGUUUAGAUGACAGAGGUGAUAUGGAAGAUGACGGAUCUUUUGAGCCACCUAAUAAAGAUGAAACAACUAUUCAUAAGCUAGCAGCGGAUAAUAGUAAAGAAUUGUACCCAGGUUCCAAGUACUCAAAGCUACGUUUUCUAGUUCGGUUACUUCACAUCAAACUUCUUGGAGGUUGGAUCGAUAGAAGUUUUAACUUGCUGGUAGAUUUACUUGCGGAUGCCCUACCUACAGGUUCAGAACUUCCUAAAAACUUUCAUGAAGCUAAGAAAUUGGUGAAAUCUGUUGGAAUUGGGUACAAUACUAUUCAUGCAUGUGAAAACAAUUGCCUUCUCUUUUGGAAGGAGAAUGAAAAACUGAAUUCAUGUCCAAAAUGUGGUGUCUCACGUUGGAAAUCAGAAAAGAAGAGUCUAGAUGGAAAACGUGAGUACAAGGUUCCUAGAAAAGUUCUUCGCUAUUUUCCUAUUAAGAAAAGACUCCAAAGAUUGUUUGUAUCCUCUAGAACUGCAAGUCUCACUAGGUGGCAUGCUGAACGACGAAUAAAAGAUGGUUUGCUUAGACAUCCUGCCGAUUCCAUUUUGUGGAAGGAUUUUGAUCAGAAGUAUCCAGAAUUCGCCGCUGAUAGUCGUAAUAUCCGUCUAUCAUUUGCUACUGAUGGGUUCAAUCCAUAUAGGACUAUGAAUGUUAGUUACAGUAUUUGGCCUGGCAUUUUGAUUCCAUUCAACUUUCCACCUUCAAUGUGCAUGAAGGAUUCAAAUUUCAUCUUGUCUGUGUUAAUUCCUGGUCGAUCCUCUGUUGGCAAUGAUAUGGAUGUCUAUUUUCAGCCACUUGUUUAUGAUCUACUUGAUAUGUUUGUUAAUGGCGUGAGAACCUAUGACGCUUCAAAGGGUGAAUACUUUCAAUUGCGUGCUGCAAUACUUUGGACCAUCACUGAUUACCCGGGUCUAGGCAGCGUGUCUGGGUUUGUUACAUCUGGUGAGGCAGCGUGUCCUGAUUGCCACUCUUUGAUCUGUUCCCUUAGACUUGGAAAUGGUAGCAAGACUUGUUACAUGGGACACCGCAGGUUCUUGCAUCCAGACCAUCCAUUUAGAUUUGACACUCAUUCCUUCGGUGCCCAAACUGAGUUGAGACCAACACCUCUUCCUCUGUCAGGAGAGCAAAUUUUGGAAUGCACUGAAAAUCUAGAAACAGUUUAUGGCAAGAAAUCAUCUGGUAAGGCAACAAGGAAAAACGGAAGGAAGGGGAACCAUUAGUCUUUCUGAAAAGGAAACCUAUUUGGUUCCUUCUUCCAUAUUGGAAGGACUUGAUAUUUCGAUAUAAUUUUGAUGCCAUGCACAUUGAAAAAAAUGUGUGUGACAACAUAAUUAAUACUUUAUUGGACAUAGCUGGAAAAUCUAAGGAUAAUUUGAAUGCUCGCUUGGAUCUUAAAGUUUUAGGUAUUAGAGAUGACCUUCACCCGGUUGAGCUAGAAGAUAAUCAAUAUUAUUUACCUCCUGCACCCUACUCAAUGAGUCCUGGUGAGAAGAAACUAUUUUGUCGAGUGUUAAAAGGGGUGAAGUUUCCUGAUGGCUAUGCAGCUGAUAUACGACAUAAUGUUAUUGUUAAGGAUAAAAAGAUAACUGGCCUUAACAGCCACGGUAGCCAUAUUCUUCUGCAAGACUUAUUGCCACUUGCCGUGAGAAGAGUUCUCCCUACUGAAGUGUGUGUUGUUUUGGUUCGUUUAAGCAACUUUUUCAAGAAACUGUAUUCCCCUAUUCUUCGAGUAAGUGACAUGCAGCUGCUACAAUCUGAAAUAGCUGAAAUCUUGAGCCUUUUAGAGACUAUUUUUCCUCCAUCAUUUUUCACUAUAAAUGUACAUUUGAUGGUACAUCUGCCUGUCCAAGCAAGAAUGGCUGGUCCAGUCCACUUUCGCAGCAUGUGGCCAGUGGAGAGGUAUCUUAAGAAAUUGAAAGGCUAUGUUCGUACCAAAAGUCAUCCGGAGGGAUCAAUUAUGGAGGGUUCUAUGUUUGAUGAAGCUCUCACUUUUUGCUCUCGGUAUUUACAAGAUGAGACUCACUUUAACCAAAGGGUUGGAAAUCAUGAUAGGCUGCAACCUGAAAUCAAUGUUACAACUCCGUUCUUUCACAAUGUUGGUCGAGCAUUGGCAGGAAAAUGCAUUGUAAAUCUAGAUUACAAGACCUGGCUUCAAGCACAUAGAUAUGUCCUUUUCAACUAUCCUAAUAUAGAACCAUACUUAAACAAGCAUGCUCUUUACCUCUCCACCAUUGGGGUUCGAAAUAAACGUGAGAUCACCUGCAUGCAUCAUAAAACCUUUCAUGAGUGGUUUAGAUUGCAUGUUGAGGAAAUGUGUGAGGAAGCUCCAGAGGAGAUCAAAAUUUUAGCUAAGGGGCCCAUGAUGAUCGCACAUCAGUAUAACAGCUAUACAAUAAACGGCUUCAACUUCCAUACACAAUCAUAUGAUGAGAAUAGGAAAAAUGGCAAGCGCAAGAGGAAACAAUAAGGGUGGCUCAUAUAAUGAGUAUGAGCAACAAAAGCUUGAAAAUAUUGAAAGGAACAAAAGGAGGUUAGAAGAAUUCAACAUCCCUGCAAUCAUCAACUCUUUGGGGCAGCAACAAAAUCGAUCUAGGAAAACUUCAAAGAAAGUUCAGAACAGAAAUACUGUAUCAACUGAACGUCCAAACUUGCGACCAAGACUACAAAGAAACAAUUGUCAGUUUGAUGAAGAACAUGUGCUUGCUGAUUUGGAGCCAGUAGGAGAUUUCCUUAGUAACAAUGAAGACCUACAGAUUGGUGACCAAAGCAAUGGUACAGUGAGAAAGAAAGGAAGGGGAAUAACGAAGAAAGAUGACAUAUUCUCAAGGACACCAGAUAUGCCUAAACUCAAAAUAUCUCUUAAUGAUUAUGGACAGCCAAUUGGUGAAAACGCUAGGAAACUUUCAAGUGUUAUAGGGUGUCAAGUUAGAAAGAAGAUAUCAAUUGCUUGUGUAGAUUGGAGGCUUGUUGAUGUUAAAAAGAAGUACGAGCUGUGGACUGAAAUAAAGUCAUACUUUGAUAUUGAUGACGCUGCCUUAAAUUGGGUUACACGCACUGUUGGGAGGAAAUGGAAAGAAUUUAAGGCAAAUAUCAAGGAGCUGUAUUUUGAUCCUGAGCUGACUAUAGAUGAUGUUGGGGAAUGUCCAGACAAAAGAAUUAGUGAUGAUGAUUGGAAAUUUCUCUAUAACUAUUGGAAGACUUCUGAAUUUCAGACUCUCUCGAAAGUGGGAAAAGCAAACCGGCAAAAACUGCAGCUGCACCAUACUACUGGAAGUGUGAGCUAUGCUUGCUCACAACAUAAAUUGGCUGUCAAACUAGGACGUCCCCCACGAAGAGAUGAAACUUUUAUCAAAACCCAUACAAGGAAAAAUGGUGUUCCUUCAACCUCUGCAGAGCCAAUAAUGAUGAAACUUAAAGAUCUUAUUGAAAUCUACCCAGACUUGAAAGAGCGGACAAUUCAGGAAGGUGAUGCAUAUGCUGUUCUUUGUGGACUGAAAGAGCCAAAAGGAUAUGUCCGUCUUAUGGGUCUAGGCCCGACUCCUCAAGAUGUUGGUACUCCAGGAUUAAAGUGUUAUGCACCAACAAGACUUCAAAUGGAGGUUAUGGCUCGAAAGAAAGCUGAAAGUGACAGGGAUGCUCUAGAGCAACGUGUUUUUGAGUUGCAGGCUCAAAUGGAGCAAAGGGCACAACAAGAUAGGGCAAGUCCCAUGUCACAACACGGUUCCACAUCACGUCUACAUUUGGAUGCAAGGUUGAAUGAAACUGGUGAUGCUGGACUAGAUGAAGGGGAGGAAGAUUAUGUUUCUGAAGAUGAUGUUGAUGACAACUUACAUGACCAGGUGCAUGGUUUAACCUCAUCAAGAACAACAGCACACAAAACAACCGCACCAAGGAGUAAUGAAACUUCUCGCUCUCAACAUGAUGCUCUUGUUGGAAAAGAUGCCAUAUUAUAUGCCUUGUUGAGAUCAGAUCAACCUGUGGCUAAAGGAACAAUAAUUUCAACUAAACCAAACACUAUUCUUGCGGGCCAGUCCCUUGGGAGACAAUGUUGUGAAGUUAUUGUGUCUUGUGUGUUGAAAAGAGAUGCACAUUUGCCUCGUCCCUAUGCCAAUAUGGAAACUAUGGGUGAUGCCAACAAGAUGUCAAUUGCAUGGCCAUACAAUAGACUAAAGAUUACCAACAAGGCAUCAACACCACCUGCAGUUUGAGGUAAUGCAUGGUGUAAAAAGCUAGCUACUUGAGGACAAGCUGACAUGCUUCGAGGACAAGCUGACAUGCUUCUUUUGGUUUCAAGUUCUUUUGUGGGCAACUUUCUAUCUAAUAGUCAUGCAAUGUUGCGCAGAUCGAAUAGGCAUGAUGGAAAGCUUUUGUAAUGUCUAACCCAUAUACUGUCUCUGAUGACCAAUUGGGUAUAUUUAGGAAUAUUUGUAGCUUAUGACUACAACUCAAUUGUGGAUGUUUAAGUGCUGCCGAUGAAUCUAUGAUUAUUUGAACCUUGUGACUCAUUCAAUCUA